AUAAACUUCAAACUUGUCCUGCCUAAACCUUCCCUCUUUUCGAAAUGCAGUUAAUUUUUCCCUUAAAAUUCAUCUGCCUCACACUAACUGUGACACUGGGUCACAACAAUUUUACUGUCAUCACAACCUCCGAGUUUAAAUCUUGUCACGACUGUCCUUGGGUUCGCAGAUUUAAUAGUGAGCAACUAACCAGCAAUAACAAACCUCUACUGCAAUUUUCUUGCCGGGCGAAUUAUUCCAUUGAUUGGGAAUUUCAUUAUGAUGAGAACGACCAGGUCGAAGUUCAAUUGAGGACAAUGGAUUAUAAAAGGGAAGUUCAAUCCUUCACAAAUAUUUCUAGUUACUCCUAUAGAACAAAUGUCAUUAUCCAGUAUCCCUAUCGACUCCAAUUUUUUCCAAACUUUACCUGUUUCUCCACUCAAAAUCAUACCAAGCUCACUCGACUUGUGGUCCAUGGCACUAACGAGUAUUUUGAAAUUACUGCCGCCUCAACGUCAAAUGAUUACUACAAAUCACAUUUUCCUCAAGAUUCCUGUCCAGCGUAUACAUAUUUUGCGGUUUCGGCUGCAAUUCCGCACGAGGAUAAUAUGGGGCCGUGCUAUAGCUGUUUUUUGUAUGCAAAUGCAACCAGACAGGAUUUGAAUUACCAACUCAUUCCUCUUAAACAUAAUUGUGAAAAGUAUGCAUUGUGUCAGAGUUUAUGGCCUUACGAACUACAAAUAGGCUGCAUGUCCAUCUUUGAUGGUGGUUUUGAACCACCGUGCGGAACCGGUGUUCAAGAAAUUUUCUGCUUUACGUCGGACAACAAAAAAUGUGUUGCGUCCAAUGAUAUGAAGCCAUUUGUCAUUUCAUGUCAAAAUACUAUUCAAAGCGGAGUAGUACAGGCGACAUUUGGGUUUUAUGGGAUUCGAAGUAUGGAGCAGUAUCUCUGGGAUAAUUCAACACGUCCCCGAAUUUAUUUCAGCUUAGACCCUGCCGACCAGGAAAUGGUUGACGAUAUGGUUGAACUGGUCCAACAAAAUUAUACAAGCGAAACCUUUGUUGGGCAACCUGUGGAAUUUCGGUGCAGGGUGACCUCGAUCUAUUGCGGUUAUCCGUUGUGGAUAAGUAUUACUUAUGAAGAAGGAGAAACACUUUAUUCGGAACUGCUGUAUAAUUCCAACAACAACCCCAAACUUGGGACAAUUCAUAACAUCACUUCCCCGCACUAUCCAGGAAAUAUUGGAUGGUAUUACGAAACCCUAUACGAAUUUGUGGUUCUAAAAUCUGGCCAGUUCACAACCAGCUGUCAUUGCCCCAUAUUUAAUUCAUCAGGAUGGAUUAACGCCACAGAAACUGUGAUUGCUCAGGAUGUUGAAAGCCUAGAAAUCCUAUCUUUGUCGCAAGAUAGCUCCAAACCCUUUAGAGUAGGAGAUCGAAACGGAUCCCUAGAAUGCAGGUUCAAAGGCCGUCCAAUAUCCAAUAUACGCUGGGAAAUUGAUGGGAAACCAUUGCCGAAAGGAAUAUACAUCGAAAUAUUUUUUAAAUCUGAAAAUAAGAGCGUUUUACGUAUGCCAGAAGUGUAUAAUACUAUGGCAAGCCGUUACACGUGUAAGGUGGAGUCCAUAUUUGAGGAAGCAGAAGCCCAAUUUAGUUUGCAAGUCCGAGAGAACAUUGCAUCUACGUGGCUUACUGUGGGAGUUAGUGUACUAAUAGGACUAACCGUAAUUUCUGGUUUGGUAACUUUACACUUGUGGAGGAUUAACAAGUAUAAGGAAGCUUUGAUAAGAAAUUUGACAGAGUCUGAGAUAAAAGAGUUUAAAGAUGGGAAUCCUAACUGCCUGGGGGAAAAUGGGAAUUCCGAAUUUGCAAACGCCGGGAUUCAAAUGCAGCCGUACGAAGAAAGAUUUGAAAUAUCCAUGGAUGACAUUGAACUCGAUUACACCACUAUCCUGGGUGCCGGAGCGUUUGGAAUGGUUGUGAAAGGAAUGUGGAUAAACGGAUGUCACGAUUAUCAAAAUAUUUGCAACUAUUCUAAUUCAAACCCUGCCGUGGCAGUUAAAAUGGUGAAACCGGAUGUAGAAGUACAAUAUUUUAAAGCCCUUUUGUCAGAAAUAAAAAUAAUGGCUUAUCUUGGAGAUCAUAAGCAUCUCGUAAAAUUUUAUGGCGCAAGCACAGAAAAUAUUCAAAAUCGAAAAGUUUACAUUAUUGUGGAAUUAUGCUCCAUGGGUAGUUUGGAAUCAUAUUUGAGAAAUGUCGAAAAUCGACAAAACUUUACUAAUCUUGUAAAAUAUGGAAAACUCGUAAAGGAGAAGAUAGAGUUAACUCCAUUUUCCACACGCACAUUAUUUAUGUGGAGUUCUGAAAUUGCUCGAGGAUUGGAGUAUGUCCAUGCGAAGAACGUUGUCCAUGGCGAUUUGGCGAUAAGGAACGUUCUCUUGACCCAAACCUUGACUGCCAAAAUAUCCGACUUUGGACUUUCCAGACAGUUGGCGAAUUCUUCGAACUACGUCAAAAAGUCACACGUACCUCUCCCUUGGCGCCACAUGUCACCAGAGGCACUACAGGAUAGAAACUUUUCAACAAGUUCAGACAUUUGGGCGCUUGGGGUUACUUUGUGGGAAAUAUUCGAGCUAGGCCAUAUACCUUAUCCCGGUGAGACUUGGGGACACCCUUUCCUAUGCAGGAUUAUAUCUGGAGAGAGAUUGAUAAAGCCAAAAUAUGCUACAAAUGAACUGUACGAAUUCAUGUUGUACUGUUGGGAAUUACAGCCAGAACAGAGACCACGGGCUGAUUCUCUCACGAUACUUAUGAACGAAUUUGACACAGUCAAGGACAAUUAAUAGUAUUUUAUCCGUUUCGUCAUGUAUCCGACCUAUAAAAGUCUAACCUGUACGGUGGACAUUAUAUAUUUCAAAAUUCACACUUUGCUUCAUAGGUCCAUAUUCGUAAGAGGCGGUCAGCAAAUCGACUGCUCACUUAAAAUUAAGCUUACCAAUGACUAGGUCUGUAUAAAUAAAGUGUUUAAUAAACAGCGUUUAUUGAACCAUUGAUACAUAUUGUACAUAUAUAGUGAUUCCAUAUAUACGCUGACAAUACGUGUUAAAAAAUGUUACUCUACCAUCUAAUAAGUAUUAAAUCCAAAAGCGGUUGAAUUUUAA